AUGGAUGUACCCACGCUGGUCGACUGUCAGCGUGAGAUUCAAAUCCGCAUCUCACGUUCCGUGGAGUAUUUGAAGAAGCUGGGCAGCUCUAAUAUCACUACCAGUGCUAUCGCCACACGCACCAGAAUUCUGGAUCAGCUGUGGACAAAAUUCGAAGCGCAGCACGACCUUAUCCGAGCAGCCUUAAAAGAAAAGUUCAGCGAGAGCGAUUAUUUUAAGUCAGAAUUGCACGCUGAUACGGAGAAUCUGUAUGUCAAUCAAAGAAGCAUACUUGACGGCUACGCCGAACACUUUCGUGCAGCGAACGUACCUCCUUCUGCCGACGCCACACCAAGGUCGUCACUGCCGCGCAUCAAAGUACUACCAUUCUCUGGUGCCUACGCAGAUUGGCCGUCGUUCAGAGAUCUCUUCCUCUCCGUCAUACAUUGUUGGACGGAUUCCACGAUUGCGUUGGCGUGGAUACGCCAGCAUCCAUCUAAGUGGACUACUUAUGUAGCCAACCGUGUAUCUGAAGUACAAAAUAAUCUACCGUCGGCUCGAUGGAAUCACGUAUCGUCACAAGAAAAUCCUGCAGAUUGUACGUCACGCGGUCUUUCCGCGUCCGAAUUGCUUUCGCAUCCACUAUGGUGGACUGGACCACCCUGGCUCCAGAAGCAUUCUACGUCAUGGCCGAUUCAUGACGCCUCAGUUCCGCUAUCUUCCGAUGCAAUUCACAAGAUUGCAAUUGAAACUCGACAAUCUGCUGUCCUUCACGUAGAAAGUGUAGAAGAAUGGGAUUUAGUUUAUAAAUUCUCGAACUGGACGAAGCUCGUCCGCGUGACAGCUUACGUUCUUCGAUUUGUUUAUUUGCUCAAGAAAACAAGAAAAUUUUCUUGCGCCUCUCCGGCACUUAAUGCUGACGAGCUUAAUGAUGCCGAGACGUUUUGGUUGAAUUAUGUUCAGAAGAGAUCAUUCGACUCUGAAAUUGAUUCUUUAAGAAAAGAUAAAAGUAUCUCAAAAAAGAGCUCCUUGAGAACUUUUAGUCCUUUCCUCGGGGAAGAUGCAUUGCUCCGUCUCGGCGGGCGGUUGAAGAAUGCCGCUCUCGCCUAUGAUGAGCAACACCCCAUCAUUGUUCCACAGGGUCGAAUAGCAUCUCUGCUUAUAGCUCAUACACAUAAAAUUACUCUACAUGGAGGAGUCCAAUUAAUGCUCCGCACUCUUCGCCAAAGAUAUUGGCUUUUAGGAAGUCGAAACGCUGUAAAACGCCAUAUCCGUCAGUGUAUUGUUUGCACUCGUUAUUCCGUUAAGCAAUCAAAUCAACUCAUGAGUGAUCUGCCUUCGCCUCGGGUUAAUCAGUCUCCACCGUUCACUUACACGGGAGUUGAUUACGCCGGUCCCUUCCUCAUCACACCGUUCGUAGGAAGAGGACAGAAGGCGAGAAAAAAUUGGGUAGCCUUGUUCAUCUGUCUAGUAACCAAGGCUAUUCAUUUGGAGCUGGUUGAAGAUUGUUCAAGUGCUGGAUUUCUUUCCGCCUUUCGUAGGUUUGUUAGUCGCCGAGGUUUACCGAAAAGCCUUUAUAGCGACAACGGUACGAAUUUUCAGGGAGCGGACAAGGAAAUGAAGAGCACAUUCGAAGCUCUGAUGAAAGACCCGGCAUUACACGACUGUCUUGCAAAUGAUCGCAUUGAGUGGAAGUUUAUUCCUUCUGCUGCUCCGCAUUUUGGUGGAUUGUGGGAAGCGGGCGUGAAAAGUUUUAAAUCGCGCCUCAAGAGAGUAGCCGGGUCGCGUACCCUGUCACAGGCUGAAUUCGCGACCCUCCUCUGUCAAAUAGAGGCGUGUUUAAACUCACGACCUAUCGCGGCGCUCAGCGACGACCCGAGCGAUUUGUCCGCGCUCACACCGGGUCAUUUUUUGAUCGGCCGACCGAUCAUCGCGGUACCGGAGGAAUCAGUACUCGCGAUAAACGCUAAUCGACUGCAGAGAUGGCAACUAAUCCAAGCGAUGACCGAGCAACUUUGGCGGACAUGGUCGCAAGAUUAUUUGCACUCUCUGCAACAGCGUCAAAAAUGGACGGAAAAAACUUCAUGUUUUUGCGUAGGCAAGUUAGUAUUGUUAAAGAACCCUUUGCUCCCUCCGAGUAAAUGGGAACUCGGACGAGUAACUCAGAUCCAUCCUGGAUCUGACGGACUCGUGCGCGUCGUUACUGUGCGAACCGCGCGUUCCGUUUUAAAGAGACCUAUCACGUUACUGUGUAGACUACCGAUUAACAGUGAUAGAUAA